AGAUGUGGGCUCUGUGCUGCUCCUCUGCUUCCUCUUUCACCCUCUGAAAAAGUAUAAAGUGCUUCAUGUCUUGGCGUGAGCUCCUUCCCCCCUGGCUGGUGAUCGUGGCAGGACUGACAGGCAUCGUGCUGCUCUGCGUCUCCACCAAAGAUGUGCCCAUUGUCCCACUCAGGAGCAAGUAUGGCCUUGUUCUGGAUGCUGGCCCAUCCCGCACCAUCCUGUUCAUCUACCAGUGGACCACCACCAAGGCAAACAAGACCAGGGUGAUCAAAGAAUGUAGUUCCUGUACGGUGCAAGGUCCAGAAAUCUCGAACUACUCACAUUCUCCUCAGAAAGUAGGAAAGAGCUUGGAUGCAUGUUUGAACUGGGCCCAGAGCAAGAUCCCGGCAGAGCAGCACAGCCAGACUCCCCUGUACCUGGGAGCAACCACCAGCACAAGGCAGCUGAACCUCAGCCAUCCCACCCGCUCUGACGAUCUCCUUGCAGCCCUGACUGUGGCCCUGAAGUCAUCCCCCUUUGACUUUCAGGGGGUACAAAUCUUGUCCAGUCCAGAUGAGGAAGCAUUCAACUGGGUUGCUGUUAACUACGUUCUGGAGAACUUCUUCAAGUAUGACUGGCGAGGACAAAUGGUGCCCUCCAGAAAUGGGAUAGCAGGUGUCCUGUCCAUAGGAGGAACCUCAACACAGCUCACUUCCACAGUAGAAGAAAGGAACCAGAUAACCAAGGAGGGAGUGAGACUGCAGCUGUAUGGGCAGACACACACAGUGUACACCCACCACUGUCCCUGCCACGGCACAGAGCAGCUCCGCAGCAGGCUGCUCUCCAUGCUCAUGCAAGAACAAAGUAGUGCUAAAACUGUGCCUAACCCCUGCUGGCCCCUCAGCUACUCCCAGGAAGUGCAGUGGAACUCAGUGCACACAGGGCCUUGUACUGUCAGUGAUGACACAGUGGAUAUACCCAACCCUGACCACGUCUUCAAUAUCACCGGCACCAGCAAUCCCACUGCCUGCAUGAGACUUGUGCAAAGCCUUCUCAACUCUUCCUCUUCCUGCAGCUUCUUCAAUAAUUCGCCCAAAAGAGCUGCCAAGCCCCUCCAAACCAGGUUUCUGGUGAUGUCUGAGGCCAUGGACUUCCUGAAGAAAACUGCACCCUCUCCUGACUUGGGUCAGGCAGUCAACAAGCUUUGUGAGAUGUCUGUCAAAGAGCUAGCCAAGGAGUCCCAGACAAGCCUGGACGCACUUGCUGAUUACUGCAUUGUGUCUGCCUUCAUCUUUCACCUCAGUACAAAGGGAUACGUUUUUGACUUCAAUCAGUCUGUUCAGGCUGCAUUCCAGUAGAUUGGUGACACAUCAUCUAUGUGGACUCUUGGAUACCUGCUGAAUCUGACCAACACCAUCCCCCAGGACAGCCCAACCUUCCUCAAGGGCAUUGACUCAGGUGUCUGGUCUUUGCUCCUCAUCCUCUUCGUGGUGCUGCUCACUGGCUCAUUCAUGCGCAUCUCAUACCGAGUGAUGGUCAAGGAGAACAGCUCCAGUAACAGGAACAGCAGUGUUUUUGAUGACAACUGACUUAUUCCAGGACUAGAUACUCUUGCCAGAGGGCAGCUAAGAGAGUAUAUAUAGAAAUCACACAAGUGAAAAUCCCUGGAGGAUGCAAGUGGUUUUCCUGCAGGACUCGAGAGUCUCAGUACCUUGUUUCAGCUUGCAACCAUUUGCACUACUGUACAUCGAGAAAACAGAUUCUGCCAUGCAGGAAGCCUGAGGAUCACAGUGGAUUACAAGCUAUAUGUUCUCCAAAUGAGACUAGCUUGCACAGAUCUUGCUUGAGCUGCAACUGCAAUUACUUGUGUCAACCUAAUGAAAACAUUCCCUUGAGGAGGAGGCGGGCCAGGAGCACUACUGUAAAGUUAAUAUUGAAUAAUCCUGUCUAAUUAGGAGAAGUGAUAUUUAAAAAGGCACUCUGUCCUCUUCUUUGCCCACACGUGGGAAGAUGCCUGCAACACACCACUAAUGGAGACUGGAACAGCUUUAAAAUACAAUCAGAAUACAACUGCCAACUCACUUGUACACUCCAAGGAAGAAAACGUCUAUUUUCUUUCUGCCACCACUCAUCUGUAUUUCCAUCUCGGUGACAACAUCCAUGCAUCCCACCCAGUGAAUGCUCCUGCUGACUGAAUCCUUCAAAAGCAAUGGGUUUUGGUCUUGCUCUGUACAAAACAUACAGAACAUCAAAGGAGAAAUCCAGGGCACAGACGCACAGCUGAGUCCCCGUCUCUCAGCUGAGUCAUGGUAACUCAGGGUUAAAACUGUCAAUUUAAACACUUUAACCAGGAUUUAAAUUAAGGUAUUUAAUCUCACACUUAAAAUUGGGUGCAUGAUGGCCCAAACUACACCAGCUCACUCAUUUGCACUGAACUGCUUGUCUCCUUGCCCCUGGAAUGUGAUAUCUAACACUGUCCUUCAGGCAAGAACAGACUUAGGAACAGCAGCUUUCCCACUUGUCAGCCCAAUGACUUUCAUGUUAGACUGUGACCAAAUCGACUUUACAGUCCAACAUUCAGGAUUCCUCUGGGACUUGGCAGCCGUUCCAGCUUCUCUGGUCUGCUCUGUUCUUCUAACAGGAGCUGCUGUACAAUUCUCCAUGUUACUGUGAAGAAAAUGGAUGGAUUCAAACAAAUGCUGACCUUUGACUAAAGCACUUAGAGUUCACCUCUCAGAAUGCUUCAGAGACUUAAACACACAAGUUAUUUAAAGCCCAAGGCACAAGUGCCUUCAACUCACUGCAGACCACUUUAAACAGAAACUUAAAUGCUCACAGAUGCAGUGAUUUGCCUUGCAGGAUAUUUAAAGCUACCAUGGCACCCAAAUCCUUUCAAACCUGGUUAUUAAUCCCUUGUGUUCCUAAUUCACAUAUAGGACAACCCACCCCUCCCACCCCCACUUAUUAAUAUUGGUGUGUUCAUAAAUUUUCAGGUCAACUAAUGAAGGUUUGGAACCUGUCAGUCAAGUUUGGAGGGGUGUGGAAACAGACUGAAACAAGCUUCACAUUCAUUUCUUUGAGUUGCAGGUUAGAUAUUUUUAAUUAUAUCAUGUUAUUAAAGAUGUUUGAAUAGA